AUGGCCUCUGAAUUCCCCAGAAGACUUUACACCAAAGGGUUUGAGCCAGUCCCGGAUAAAAGCAUCGGCUAUUACGCUGAUGAUUAUAGGCUGGUCCCUGCACUAAAGUCAGCUCUAGAGGAGGAUGAAUGGGAAGAGAUUUACGAGUCACCGUUGGGUGUCUUUUUAAAGUUCCACGAGUUGGAUUUUGGUUGGGCUUCUAGGCUGGUGCACCACAUGCUGACCUUUCAGAUAGUUUGCAAGCAGAGGUACGAGAUAUGGAGCCUCAUUGGUACCACUCCAAUUCGGUUUUCAUUGCAUGAGUUUGAGGAGAUCACCGGACUCAACUGCGGGUACGUGGAUGACUUGGCUUUAACUGAUCUUGCGCUUGAAGAUGACACGCGUGCAUUUUGGGAGCUAAUGGGGGUCGAUGCCAAGUCGGGCCCAAGCACUACCAAAAUUAUCGAAGCCUGUUCCAACUGCUCAUCAUGGUCUCGUGAUGAUAGGCUGCGGUUGGGUUAUCUUGGGAUCUACGCUGGUUUCAUAGUGGCAACGAGACCCAGCUCAUCCACAAAUGUCAACCAUGCCAGACUAGUGAUGGAUCUCGAAGAAGGAUUUGUGCAAGCUCUUCAACUGGGGGUUUACUAUGCUCUACCGGAUUUUUCUGCUGAAUUUGGCGAACCAUUGCCAAAUGUUACUGAAGAACCUCUUUUGCUGGCUUACAAAGGAUCCAGAGGACGAAAGAACGUCAAAGCCAACAUGCUAAAACAGGCUCGCAUACAGUCAUGCGUGGCUAAAGACUUGGCGGAUAUGUUUCCCGUGUGGGAUGAUGACGAACAGGAUCCAGAUAUUGUCAAGAUUGUCAAUGCACUCCAUGACCCCAAUUUCAAGUUCUCAAAAAACCAUUGGCCUUUGGAAGGUGUUUUGGGUGCACACAUCGUCAAGUCAGAAGCCGGAAAUAGGAGCCUUCCCUCAGAUGAAUCAAGUCGCAAGAGAUCCCGCACAGCCUCUGCGUCUGCCGCAUCAUUCGUUGGUGAUGAAGGGGUCGGAGUUGUCGCUACUAUGAAAGAGCACUUCGACCAAUGCUUCAAAAGCUUUUCAACCAAGAUGCUGAAUGGUCUUGGUAGCUGUGAAAAGCAGAUCAAACUUCUCACCGAGAAGGUUGAAUCUGUAGAGCGUGCGGUAGAAGAGUUGACUAUAGUGUCGGCGAAGCACACUGAGGAAGAGCCAACCCAGCAGCAGGGCACUGGAUCCAAGAAGCAUGAAGGGAGUAAUUCAGAGAAAGAUGAUGCUACGAAGAAGGCUAAUGUCAACGUUGGUGCGUGUGAGAGUGUUAACGCCCCCGGGGAUGCAAAAGGAAAGAAGGCUGUCGUUAAUGAAGAAGAGGCCCCUGAGCCUAGUAUUUGUGAAAUUGACCCGAAGACGUGUGAUGUAGACUUCGAUGCGGUUGCACUUGCCAAAAAUGCCAAAGCCAGAGAAGCGGCUCAGCUAGUUGCCCGAGCAACGAGUGCCCGACAUCGCCAGCUGGCUGCGACACAGAAGAGUCCCUUCUUAGGAAACAGCACCGCAAAGGCCAUCAUUCCAUCGUCGGCAUCUCACUCCGGCCGUGCCCGUGGAUAUGAUCCUUUUGAUCAAACCGGUGUCAAGGCGAAGCAUACCACUCUAAUGAACUUUAUCAAAUCAAACCCUGCCUGGCCAAAACGCCCAAAAAACUCUUCGAUCGAUUGGUAUUACAUUCUCCGGACACCGACGAAAUGGCUAGCUGAUACGCACAUAGAAGCUUACAUCAACCUACUCAGGCUGCGAUUAUCCAAGCAUCCGGAGUGGGAGGACCAUUGGGUAGCAAUAUGGGUCUCAUUUGUGACGAAGCAUAUCACGGUAUGGGAUAGCCAUGCGGGAACCAAACAUGCAUCUGACGAACAAAUUGCUGAAGCUGUGGAGCCUCUUGCGGUUAUGAUACCCUACCUUCUUCAGACCUGUGCACUUGAGGAUGACAAGUGGAGAUUCCCUUACACGCCGUUCACCCAUUCGCGAGUACCAGGUACGGAGAUACCUCAAAACAUUCAGAGUGGCGAUUGCGGCGUGUACUGCCUGAAGUACAUCGAGUGUCAUUCAUUGGAUUUGCCCUUUCCUCCGGAGCUUUGCGAUAAAAACAUGCGAAAAAUCAGGGAGAAAAUGGCUGCAGAGCUCUAUGACGAAACAGGAUGUAAGGGCCAUGAUAAGCUAGAUGCAACCGGGUUGGAUGUCUAUGAUAUGCAAGCUUAG